CAGGCCGACUUUUGCUUUUGCAGCUUCCUAACUGUGGCGAAUCUGCCGCUGCGUCACGAUGGCUGAACACCUAGGGAAGCAUGUGGAAUCGGCUGUGGGAAGUACGACGCGAAAGGUUCUAAGGCCACUACGGUCAUGGCGGCCGCUGCCCCCAAGGCCGGGGGUUCAGCUCCCGAGGCGGCAGGUUCCGCCGAAGCUCCUCUGCAGUACAGCCUUCUUCUGCAGUACCUGGUGGGCGACAAGCGUCAGCCCCGGCUCCUGGAGCCUGGCAGCCUGGGCGGGAUCCCGAGUCCCUCCAAGAGCGAGGAGCAGAAGAUGAUCGAGAGGGCGAUGGAAAGCUGCGCUUUCAAGGCUGUGCUAGCCUGCGUGGGAGGAUUUGUCUUGGGAGGUGCAUUUGGGGUCUUUACUGCCGGCAUUGAUACGAAUGUAGGCUUUGACCCUAAGGACCCUUACCGGACACCUACCGCAAGAGAAGUUCUGAAAGACAUGGGACAAAGAGGAAUGUCCUACGCCAAAAAUUUUGCCAUUGUGGGCGCCAUGUUCUCGUGUACUGAGUGUUUGGUAGAGUCUUACCGGGGGAAGUCGGACUGGAAGAACAGCGUCAUCAGUGGCUGCAUCACUGGCGGAGCCAUUGGUUUCAGAGCUGGUGUGAAGGCCGGGGCCAUAGGUUGUGGAGGCUUUGCCGCUUUCUCUGCUGCAAUCGAUUAUUACCUACGGUGAAAGAAAUGGCCUGAAAGGAAGCAAGAUGCCGUCCCCCUUCAGAGCUGGUUUUUGGAGCAGUUCCUACACACCUGGCAUUGCUUCAGGAGAGAAGCCAAUUGUUUCCCUCUACAGUGGGUGGUGUGAGGGAGCCACCUCGCUGUCCUCUGCCUCCAGCCAUUGGAGCAGCCAUACUUUUCUACUUCUGAAUUCCAGCCAGGUUUCCAGGGUAGAUGGUCUGUCUCUUUGCAGUAAAAAGAUCAGGAGGCAGUGUGUUGACUGUUAAGAAUUGAGCUCAGUCCUGACGUCACUCAGCUCUCCAGCUGUGAACAGGGAGGUGGCAGGAUGUUUGCCCGUAGCCAGGAAACUCUUUUGCCUUGCAACUUUGUGCAAGCAAUCAUCUGAAUACCAGGAUGAGGCAAAGUAAACUCACACCAUCCAGGCAAGUACGUUAUUUCAGUUAGUAUCUUUGCUGUCCUUGUUAAAGAUACGUAUAUGGGGGCUGGAGAGAUGGCUCAGUGGCUAACAGCACUGGCUGCUCUUCCAGAGGACCCAGGUUCACGUCCCAGCACCCACAUGGUGGCUCAGGGAUUCAAGGCCCUCUUCUGACCUCUGAGGGCACCAGACACCACUGCCCGGACAUUCAUGCAGGAAACAUACCCAGUUUUGUUUUCUUUUCUAAAGAGCAUAUGCACUGUUAGUUUAUUUUUCAGAUUUACUUCACAUCUUCCACAAAUGAUGCCAGGUGGCCCGAAGAGUGACAGGUUCAAUGGGACAGUUGGGAAAUAAAUCUCUGAAGGGCUCUGGGGAUGCUGGGCUCAGGGAGUGUGGAAUCUAAUCUGUACCUUUAUCACUGCAGUUGCUCCCUCAGCCAGGCCUUGCCACAGCAGCACAGUCUAGCCAGCCAGCCCUGUUCUCAGAUGCACUGACUAUGCUGGUAACCCUGCCGCCUCCUUAGAGAGAGAACCCCACUGUGCUGGCUGAUUGUCACGCAUGCAGCUUGCUGAACCAGUGGUCUCAGGCCCCAGCCCAGUUUCAAGAUACAUGAGUACUUGCUUUGGUUAGCCUGCCGGCUCAGUCAUACAGGAACUGUUGAAGGCUUGCUCACCACCACCCUUGUUCUCCAGAAAGUUCUUUGGCUUUUAGAGUUUUUUAUUUCAACAGUUGAGCCCAGUUAUAGCAUGGCAGAAAACUAGCCUUUUAAUGUUGGGGCUGUGCCACUGGACUGUAGUGUCGUGUGGGGGUGAAGGUGGACUGGAUGGACCCAGUCCUGCCCUCCGUCAGCUCCAGGAGGCUCCGCAAGGCCUGGGACUGGCUGCCUUAGCCAGCCUUCAGUCUUUUUCCCUGCUAUACACUAACCCUUCCACUUUUCCUUUGCUCUCUUCCUCAUCUGUACUCAUCCUCAAGCAGAAUUCAAAGACUCAACUUCCACAUGAGUCAUCUGAGUGUGUAUUUGUAUGUGAGUAAUGAUAUCCAAUCCCGAGUAACACCGUUCUGCU